CCCUAGUGACAACCAUGGCCAAGUCUCCCUGUCAAAUCUGACACUUGUGUUUCUACAAAGCAAGAAAAAGUAGAAAGUAAGCUGAAAGAACUGAAAAUAUUGAGGUAAGUGGCUUUGCUAAAGAAAACCUGGACAUUAGACGUCGCGGCUUAUCCUUUGGAGUUACUGGGAUUCUUCUGAACCAUGUACGCCGCCGUAAAGCCUCUCUCCAAGUACCUCCGCCUGAAGACAGUGCGGAUCUACGACCCUAUUUUCACCCUCCACUCCAAGUGCACCAUUGUCAUACUGUUGACCUGCACUUUCCUGUUGUCGGCCAAGCAAUAUUUCGGAGAACCGAUCCUCUGCAUCAGCUCCGAAAAGCACAUUGAGUAUGUGCAGUCCUACUGCUGGACCAUGGGCACCUAUAUCCUGCCCACGGAUGCGGAUGCCGGCAGUGGCAGCACAUGGGACAUAUCCUCCUAUUCCCACGCCACCGCCGAGGCUUUCAACCUGACCAGUCUCCGCGCUCUGGUGGCCAAUAAUGAACAGUACGCCCGGGUGAUAUCCAUUGCCGAGGGCGUUGGCCCCGAAACCAGGGGCGUCACCAAGCGGAUGUACCUUCGCUACUAUCAAUGGGUCUUCAUGAUCCUCCUCUUCCAGUCCCUAUUGUUCUACUUUCCCUCGUACUUGUGGAAAGUCUGGGAGGGUCAGAGGAUGGAGCAGCUUUGCUGUGAGGUGGGCGACGCCAUCAUCCUGGAGGAUACCUACCAGACAAGACUCCAGAUGUUGACCAAGUAUUUCCGGGCCCCGUUUUCUGCCAUCCAUUGCUGCUAUUCUAUCAAGUAUGCCUUCUGUGAGUUCCUCAACCUACUAAUCAGUAUCCUCAACUUCUGGCUAAUGGAUGUGGUUUUCAAUGGCUUCUGGCACAAGUACAUACACGCCUUGGCUGCCAUUCCAGUUUAUGAUUGGAACCUUUGGAAUCUGAUGACAUCCCGGGUCUUCCCAAAAGUGGCCAAGUGUGAAAUGUUCAUUUACGGACCGAGUGGCACUCCGAACGUGCUCGACAUCCUGUGUGUCCUGCCGCUGAAUAUUCUCAAUGAGAAAAUAUUCGCUGUCCUGUACAUUUGGUUUCUGUUUAUCGCCAUGUUAGCUGCAAUUAAUAUUUUCUAUCGUUUGGUCUUAUGUUGUUGCUCCGAACUCCGGCUCCAGUUGCUCCGAACGCACCUGAGGGGCAUGCCAAAGUCCCAUGUGCGCGAAGUCCUUUCUACCACCGGCUACGGCGACUGGUUUGUCCUCAUGAGUGUCAGCAUUAAUGUGAAUCCCUCGCUGUUUAGGGAGCUCCUGGAGCAGCUGUACACCGAGCAGAAGCAAUCUCGCUCCGGAAAGCGGCACUCGACGAGCCCCCAACCCACUUCCCAGGCCAAGACGGAGAGGACUCCCAGCAACAAUCGCAGCACAGCCGACAACGAUCCCCUGGCCAUCGACCAUCAUUCCAUCGGAACCGUGAGCAAUAGACUUCGAGAUGGGCUCCAGCCCACUGCUCCGACCUUAAACCUAAUGGCCCCCAACGAUGAGAUCAUCAGUAUGGAUCGUUUCUACCAAGAGAGUGAGGCCUGA